CGCGUCACAUGACUGAACCGUGCGCUCUCAUUGGUCCGUCUCUACUCCGUGUUUAUUUCCGGAAGUAAGUUGUUGUCAGUGGAAGUGAGACUUUCCACCGCUUUUCCCACCACAGGACUAUCAAACCUCUAGUCUAACAGCACCGGGACCACAGGAUGGCUCACUGGUUUCACAGGAACCCACUGAAGGCAACAGCACCCGUGUCCUUUAAUUUCUAUGGAGUGGCAGGGAGCCCCGCUGCCAAUAAGAUAUGCAAUGACCUGAGGACAAACAGGGCGAGACUGCUGGAGAUGUUCACUGAUGUCACCUGCAACCCCGAGAUCAUGAAAAAUGCCACGGAUGCGUACUUCUCCCUCCUCCAAGGCUUCAUCUCAUCCUUGGAUGGAACUACACAGGAGAACAAGAUGAGGUUCAUCCAGAACUUCAAGUGGACUGACACCUUACAAGGAAACUCACCAAGUGCCCAGCAGGAUGCAGUCUUUGAACUGGUCUCCAUGGCCUUCAACGUAGCCCUCUGGUACACCAAGUUUGCCUCGAGACUAGCGGGCAAAGAAAACGUAACAGAGGCCGAAGCGAAAGAUGUUCACCGGAGCCUGAAAGUUGCUGCUGGUAUAUUCAAAACCCUCAAGGAGGUCCACAUCCCACGUCUCAUCACCCCAGCCGAGAAGGGCCGAGACCUGGAGCCCAGAGCGAUCGAUGCAUAUAUCAUCCAGUGCCAAGCGGAGGCACAAGAAGUGACAAUUGCCAGAGCGAUCGAACUGAAGCACAACGCCACGCUCAUUGCAGCGCUGGCAUUUGAGACGGCAAACUUCUAUCAAAAAGCUGACCACACAUUGAACACCUUGGAGCCGGAGUGCAGUAGCAAAUGGAGGAAGUACCUUCAGCUGAAGCAGCACUUUUACAUGGCUUACGCGUACUGCUAUCAUGGACAGACACUGCUGGCGAGUGACAAGUGCGGCGAGGCUAUACGAUCCCUCCAGGAGGCAGAAAAGUGUUACUCCCAUGCCGAGGCGCUGUGUAAAGAGUAUCGUCAGACCAAAGGCCCGGGCACCACGGCCAAACCGUCGGAGCAGCUGUUCUUCCUCAAACUGGGCGGCCUCAUUAAAAACACACUGGAGAAGUGCCAGAGAGAAAAUGGCUUCAUAUACUUCCACAAGGUCCCAGUUGAGGCACCCCUGCUGGAGUUGAAGGCGAGUUACGGCCUGGCCGAGCCGAUCGCCUUCGAGCUCCCGCCUCUCAGCGAGCAGUGCACUCCUGAAGUCUAUGCGACUUUUGACCUGACUAAGGGAGCCAAAAAUGACAAGGCCAAACCCAAGGAGGAGGAGGUGAAACCAGUGAAGGAGCCGGAUCUGAAGCCUCAAAAGGACACAGGCUGCGUCAUCUCCUAAACUCUCCACAGAUCCUAAUUUUCAGCCUCAUGCUUCUGUAACCAUCUAUUGUAAUGAUGGCAUCCAUACUUCUUUUCAUGUAAACCUCCAUAGGAAAAAAUGUAUUCUUUUUUGUAAUAUUAAUCCAUGGUGUUUUACAUUUAUGCUGUAUUGUAUUCUUGUAUGACAGCCGUUAUCCUCGCAUCUAAGCCGGAGCCGGUCCUCCUCUUAACCGUCUCACAGCUACUCAUAAAGUCAACCUAAAACCUUUUAGAAGAUAGAAAGGUAUUUAGUAAUUACUAGGGCUGUCAAUUGAUUCAAAUAUUUAAUUAAGAUUAAUUGCAUUGGUACAGGGGAGACUCGUGGGUACCCAUAGAGCCCAUUUAUAUUCACAUAUCUGGAGGUCAGAGGUCAAGGGACCCCUUUCGAAAAGGUCCAUAACAGUCUUUCCUCACCAAAAAUGUAGCGUAUUUUUAUAGCGUUAUUUAGCCUCCUUCCCGUCAAGCUAGUGUGACAUGGUUGGUACCGAUGGAUUCGAUAUGAAGCCAGUAUCUUCACUCUAGCUUUAAAACUGCCCCCCCCCCCCCCCCCCCCCCCCACAACCCUAAAAAUCUCAAGUUGCGUUAAUGUGUUUAAGAAAUUAGUGGCGUAAAAACAAAUUUGCGGUAACGCGUAAUUCUCGCGUUAACUUUGACAGCCCUAGUAAUAACGUGUCAGCUGAAAUAUUCACUUUGAAUUAGGUCUUUACAUGAGGUCAUUUCAAGUAUUAUAAAUAAGCCUUAUUGGUAAAGCA